AUGGCGGACCAAGCAGAGUGGAUUCGUCGUUGGCAACCUACUCUUUCGUCGCAGCCUUGGAAAAUUCUUAGAAUUGAUGAUACUCUCUAUCUUUUUAAAACUCAUUUCGGCGAGUCGUCAUACGCUAUAUGUUUGUGUGACUUCCAGACCAUUUACCAUGAAAAAGUGGAGAACCAAAAUGUCACAAGAAGAUGUAAGUCUUUGAACCCGAAAUUUGAAGCUCCUCUUUCUCGUCUGUUAAGUCACUUGUCACAGAACAUUCAGUCAGAGGAAAAGCAAUGUCAGUGGAGUUUACAGAAGCAGACAGACGAAGAUGGUGAAGUUGUUUUGGCUACCAUCAAAACACAACUCUCCGGUCUACCGUUUGUGUGGGAGUUUCACUUGAGGAAGGCAGCAGAGAAAGAGUUGCAAUAUCAACUGCUGUUUCCACUACUUGCAAUGGUUGGUGAGCUCGGCCGCAGACAGUCAGAACUUAAAAGACUGUUAGAGGCCAAAGAUUGUGAAAUACAAGACUACAAGACAUCUGGAGCACGUGUUUCAAGACGGACUCUGGAAACAUUACAAUUUGAUGCUAAAGCUUUUACUAAUGAAAUGAAUUUAUCACAGAAAUUUGAACAAGUAGUACGCAACUGUCAGUCACGAGCAUUCGAAUUGCCCGAGUGUCGGGAACUUUACAAGCAAGUUAUGGCAAAGGAUGCUUUUCUUAAUCGAAGGAUAGACACAGCUGAUUCUGCUGCUGUCGAUGAAGAUAGUCUCUUUGGUUUGGUUUCGUCUCUGGAGGAGAGUGGCCAGCCAGUCAAAAUGCCAGAUGGAACAAGGGAUCGAACGUCAACUGGCUCGUGGAGCAAUCGAAUGCCAUCUUCUUUAGUUCCCGAGUCAAUGUCUGAUGGUAGUAAACGUCGGUCUACUUCCAAAUCACCUGAUAUAUCCCCAAAUAUUGCAUCACUUGCUCCAUCAUCUGCUGAGAUUGAAAUGCAAACUCGAGCUGCUCUUGCAAAACGACUGGAAAGCGAGGCAGAAAAGGAGAAGAGCAAGAAGAAGAAGAAGAAACUUCUUUGAAAUGGUCGUGCACAGGGAGUGUGUCGUGGAAGUUGCUUUUCAGUGACAUAGUACACCAAUUAUGGAUAUGCCUUUUAUUAAAUCUAUUUGUUCUACACUACGUUUGUAUUUUGAAUGUGGAAUCUGAUUUGGCAUCCAGUUGUGCAGUAUUUUGGGCUACAUGUUAUGUGUAGAGGUAUGAAAGGAACUCGCGGUGUUUCUUCUGGCUGAAAUUGACUCGCACCAGCUCAAUACUAUGUUCAAAACAAUU